AUGAAAGUUUCCGAUUCGUUUCUUUUUCAUCUUGCCGGAUGCAGAUUAAUGCAUUGUUUGCAAGUUUCUAUGAGAGUUGGAAAGAUAAUUGCCGAUAAAACUUCAUUAAAGUCUGAAAAGCAUUUGCGGUGCUGCAUCAGAAAAACCAAAUCCACGUUUUUUACGGUGAUCUCAUCAAACUCAACAGAGCUUUUUGUUCAAGCGGAAAACGUCACGUAUAAAGAACCGGCGGGGAUUGAAGAUAAUAAUGAAAAUAUAGACUCGAGGCAACUGAGCUUAAGAAGAGCAAAAGCAAUGGCAAAGUUUAAGGAAAAGUCGUAA